UGGAAAACAGUGCCAGUUCAUGGGAUGUGAUUAACGAACCAUUUCAACUGCUGUCCAUCUGAGCUUUUCUAUCCGAGCACUGCACACAUUUCCAUGCUUUACCAAGUGUGAAUCAAAGAUAUCAAUGGCCCGAUCAACCCCGCUUCGUUUACUGCAAAUUACGGGUAGAAAGAGCCUCCGGGAUCUCACAGGAUUUGGUUAUUUGUCUAUCACGUAUAAGCACACUCAACGAAGAUCACUAUCGAAUUCACACCCAACAAACUAUGAAGAAGAACCAAUUUUGCCUGUUCUGAUCAUCGGUGCCGGACCUGUUGGGCUCUCUCUCUCUAUACUCCUCACCAAAUUGGGUGUGAAAUGUGCAGUCUUGGAGAAGAACAAGGUCUUCUCUGGGCAUCCUCAAGCGCACUUUAUUAACAACAGAUCAAUGGAGUUUGUUGAUAGGUUUUUCGAAAAAUGGAUGGCUUAGCAGAUGAGAUUCUGAGAUCUCAGCCACCAGUGGAGUUCUGGCAGAAGUUUGUAUACUGUACUUCUCUUACUGGUCCUAUUCUUGGCUCUGUCGAUCAUAUGCAACCUGAAGAUUUCAAACAUAUUGUGAGCCCUGUCUCUGUUGCACACUUCUCACAGUAUAAACUGACCAGAUUGAUGUGUGAACAUCUUAAGGCACUUGGCUUUCAUAUCAGGAACUGCAAAGGGGUUGAGACACACAAUGACUCUGUUUCGGAGGGUCAGCUUUUUAUGGGACAUGAGUGCACAGCGAUACAUCCUAGCAAUAACUUUGUUAAUGUGACGGCAUCUUUCCAUGAGGAAGGGAAGUCUGUUGAAAAAAGUAUACGGUGUCAGUUCCUUGUUGGUACAGAUGGUGCUGGAAGUACAGUGAGGAAGCUUAUGGGAAUAAAUAUGGAAGGGGAAAAAGAUUUGCAGAAGCUUAUCAGUGUGCACUUUACAAGCCAAGAAUUGGGGCAGUACCUCAUUAAUGAGAGACCAGGGAUGCUGUUUUUCAUUUUCAAUGAAAAAGCUAUUGGCGUUCUUGUUGCCCAUGAUCUCAGGCAGGGUGAAUUUGUAUUGCAAAUACCAUUUUAUCCACCUCAGCAGAAGCUUGAGGACUUUAGCUCAAAGAUAUAUAACAUAAUUUAUGAGCUGGUUGGUCAAGAACUUGCAGACAUCAAUGUCAUAGACAUAAAGCCCUGGGUAAUGCAUGCUGAAGUUGCUGAGAAAUUUCUGUCCUGUGGGAACAGAGUAAUUCUUGCUGGUGAUGCUGCGCACCGUUUCCCCCCUGCCGGCGGUUUUGGAAUGAAUACUGGUAUUCAAGACGCCCACAAUAUUGCUUGGAAAUUAGCUUUAAUCAGCAAGGGAAUUGCACCUGCAUCAUUUCUUUCCACUUAUGAAGUAGAGCGUAGACAGAUUGCCAGCUUUAAUACCUCACUUAGCGUCCAAAACUACAAAGCUGCAAUGAGAGUUCCUGCUGCACUUGGGCUUGAUCCAACCAUUGCAAAUACAGUCCAUCAAGCUCUUAAUAACACCGUCAGCUCCAUUUUACCAUCUAGGCUACAGAUGGCUAUUUUAGACGGAAUUUUUAGCAUAGGUCGCGCACAGCUUUCUGGUCUUGUUUUAAAUCCAAAUAACCCGAUUGGAUCUGCUAGGCUUAAAAAACUAAGAGAAAUAUUCGAGGAAGGACAGAGCCUUCAGCUCCAGUUCCCUGCUGAGGAUAUUGGUUUCAGGUAUCUUAGAGGAGCAUUAGUGUCUGAUGGUGAGAAUCUGUUGUCACCUGAAACACCCACAGGCCGAAGAAGGGAAUUUGUGCCAUCUGCAGAUCCUGGAUGCAGGCUGCCACACAUAAAUGUUAGACCUUUAUUAGAUUCACCAAGCAAGGAAGCAUUUUCUACAUUGGACCUUGUAUCGGCAGAGAAGACCGAGUUUCUUUUCAUUAUAGCACCAGUGGAGCCCUCCUACCAUCUGGCUCUAGCAGCAUUCCAAACCGCUGAGGAAAGGAAAGUCCCUUUGAAGGUAUGUGUGAUGUGGCCAGGAGACACUAUUACUGGGGGAUCCAACAACAGCACAAGCAAAGCUGCAUUGGCACCUUGGGAAAAUUUCAUAGAUGUUGUGGAAGUUAGGAACCCACAAAAUUCAUCGCCGUCUUCUUGGUGGGACAUCUGCCAGAUGUCACACAGGGGAGCGAUUUUAGUGAGGCCGGAUGAGCACGUUGCUUGGCGCACAAAGUCAGAACUCGCCACCGGUAUGGCUGCUGCUGAGAUGAGAAAGGUUUUUCAUACAAUCCUUGAAGCUUAACAGAUAUGGAAAAAUUCUUGCAAUUCCCUCAGAAAUUUGAGAUUUUACACGAACACGCCAGGAUUGUAUAAUUAUCACCAGCACUUGCAAAAGUUCAAUGUUUUUGCUAUAUCUUCUCCAAGAGAAGAAGAGAGGUUUAUUUUAACUGGAUCCCGUAGAUUUUUUAUUUGGAUCAAUAUGUAAUUUUGGAGUAUUAUUGUAAAAAAAAUGAGUUUUUUGGAGCGCUGAUAAUAAAUACUUCGUUUGCCG